AUGGAGCCAGUGUUUUCUAAUAGGGUGUCCAUCCAAUGGGGUGAUGAAGCUCCAAAGGAGGACACAAGCACAUGGAUUUUGACAGCCCCAGAUGGGAAAUUUGUAGAUGCAAGAAUUAGUCUAGAGAGUAAUGUACCUCAGUGGCUUAUUACUGGGAAAGAGGUAGAAAUCCCCACGAAGGAAGGAUAUGAGUUUUCCAUCCAGUUUGUACACGAAUUGGACUCAGUGCAUGGGCAAAAUUCGGAGCACAGUGCGGAUACAGGGCAUUUCAAGACAUUGGCAGACAAAAGUAGACUUGAAGAAGGGGAAAUGUACAAUGUUGACAGGAAACAGGUUAUGAAAUACAAAGAGGUGUGGAGGUCCAUAGAUUCACUACAUUCAACACCCGAACAUUUAGUAGCGACUAGCGUUAGCAAUGGCCUUAAAGCUUCUGAAAUUCAGUCAUUUAUUUGGGAAUUACCGGAGGAUUCGAAAGGGAAUGCCCGCGGAAGACUGAUCAAAAUUGGCCGGUUUAGCCAGGGAAUAGUGGAAUAUAACGGAUCAUACCAAUGUAUAAGAAUAUUUGACAACAGUGUUGUAUACCAGUACGGGUCUAACUUAGAAGAAAUAUUUGGUCAAUUCAUGAGAGGGUUGAGUACACGAAAUGUGCAAUUCCCCUGGAAAAGAGUCUACCCUUAG